CUCGCCGGGGGCUGCGAGUUGCAUUUGGUAAAACCCAGCCCCGGAAUAUAUAGAUCAUUGGAGCGCAAUGAAGUAGGCUUUGGAGAGGAGGGAGGGUGCCGGUCCGACAGCCACAGCGGCCAGCGCAGCGGCAGCGGCAGCGGCAGCGGCAGCGGCGGCAGCACCACCAUCACCGCUCGCACCCGAGCCGCCCGGCCCGCGAGGAGGCAGCGGCGGCCGCCGGCGGGAGCGGAGGCGGCGGCGGUGAGACGAGGAGGAGCGGGAGGAUCCGAGCGCGCAGCCGGCGGCGGGUCCACGCAUCUUGGCACUUCCAGAGCAACUCCGGCGUCUUCCACUCCCCAGCCCGGGGCUAGGGGCUCCGAGAGCGGCCGCAGAACCAGCCCGAGCCUCUUCUCGAGCCUCCCCAGCCCUGCCCUGCGCCUCCCGGGCUCCACUCCGCGCAGCGGGGUCCCCGCUCCUGCGCCCCGGGCGCGCCUCCCGGACACCCCGGUCCCCGCAGGCAGGACAAAGCCAUGAAGCCGGCGCUGCUGGAAGUGAUGAGGAUGAACAGAAUUUGCCGGAUGGUGCUGGCCACUUGCUUGGGAUCCUUUAUCCUGGUCAUCUUCUAUUUCCAAAGUAUGUUGCACCCAGUCAUGCGGCGGAACCCCUUCGGCGUGGACAUCUGCUGCCGGAAGGGGUCGCGAAGCCCCCUGCAGGAACUCUACAACCCGACCCAGCUCGAGCUGUCCAGCACGGCGGUCCUGCACCAGAUGCGGCGGGACCAGGUCACCGACACCUGCCGGGCCAACAGCGCCGUGAGCCGCAAGCGGCGCGUGCUGACGCCCAGCGACCUGAAGCACCUGGUGGUGGACGAGGACCACGAGCUCAUCUACUGCUACGUGCCCAAGGUGGCCUGCACCAACUGGAAGCGCCUCAUGAUGGUCCUGACCGGGCGGGGCAAGUACAGCGACCCCAUGGAGAUCCCGGCCAACGAGGCGCACGUCUCGGCCAACCUGAAGACCCUCAACCAGUACAGCAUCCCCGAGAUCAACCACCGCCUGAAAAGCUACCUGAAGUUCCUGUUCGUCCGCGAGCCCUUCGAGAGGCUGGUGUCCGCCUACCGCAACAAGUUCACGCAGAAGUACAACACGUCCUUCCACAAGCGCUACGGCACCAAGAUCGUCAGGCGCCAGCGCAAGAACGCCACGCAGGAGGCCCUGCGCAGGGGCGACGACGUCAAGUUCGAGGAGUUCGUGGCCUAUCUCAUCGACCCGCACACCCAGCGCGAGGAGCCCUUCAACGAGCACUGGCAGACCGUCUACUCCCUCUGCCACCCGUGCCACAUCCACUACGACCUCGUGGGCAAGUACGAGACGCUGGAGGAGGAUUCCAACUACGUCCUGCAGCUGGCGGGCGUGGGCAGCUACCUGAAGUUCCCCACCUACGCCAAGUCCACAAGAACUACUGACGAGAUGACCACCGAGUUCUUCCAGAACAUCAGCUCGGAGCACCAGACGCAGCUGUACGAAGUCUACAAACUCGAUUUUUUAAUGUUCAAUUACUCAGUGCCAAGCUACCUGAAAUUGGAAUAAA